AUGUCGACCGUGGGAGAUCCCGAAAAACAAAACGACGAGCCCAUUGACUCGGGCGUCAAAGUCUACCCAGAGACAGACCUCGACAGAGCAAUCGUAGGCUGGGAAGGCCAAAAUGACCCUGCGAACCCGCAGAAUUUCUCGUCAGGGAAGAAAUGGGCGCUGUUGUCGCUUGUCAGUGCGAUUACGCUCAUCUCUCCGCUGGCGUCAAGUAUGUUUUCGCCUUCGGUGGGAUAUAUGGGCGCCGAGUUUGGCGAGUCCAAUGAGAUUCUGCUGUCGUUUAGUGUGACGGUCUUCGUCCUGGGAUAUACCGUCGGACCUCUCUUCCUCGCCCCCCUGAGUGAAAUCUACGGUCGUCGCAUAAUCCUCAGCUGCGCAAAUUGGUUCUUCGUCGUGUGGCAGAUCGGCUGUGCGCUGGCGCCCAACAUUGCCUCGUUGAUCGUCUUCCGCUUCCUCGCGGGCGUGGGUGGCGUUGGCUGCAUCACGCUUGGAGCAGGCGUGAUCGCAGACCUGUUCCCGGUUGCACAACGAGGAAUGGCGACAUCGAUCUGGAGCCUGGGGCCGCUGGUUGGGCCGGUGAUUGGGCCUAUCGCGGGUGGGUUCGUGGGUGAGACGAUUGGCUGGCGAUGGGUGUAUUGGAUUCUACUCAUUGUGUCUGGGGUUAUUUCGUUUGGGAUUGAGUGCUUGAACAAAGAGACGUAUGCGCCUGUUUUGAUUCGGUGGAAGACGGCCAAGCUGAUCAAGGAGACUGGACGGACGGAUCUGUGCAGUGCGUAUGAUGUGCACAAGGGCGAGGAAGGGGUGUCGCUGGGGAAGACGCUGGGGCUGGGGUUGAAGAGGCCGAUGCUGCUGCUGUUCAAGUCACCCAUUGUGAUGUUGUUGUCCGUCUACAUGGCCUUUGUGUAUGGUCUGUUGUACUUGUUCUUCACGACGAUUACCUCCGUCUUCGAGGGCCAGUAUGGGUUUUCGACUGGUCUCGCAGGCCUCGCAUACCUGGGCAUCGGGGUGGGUUUCUUUGUUGGCAUCUUCAUCAUUGCGAUGACCAACGAUAGAAUUGUCAUCAAGCUCACGGCCAGAAAUAACGGCAAAUUCGAACCCGAGAUGCGUCUACCGACAAUGAUCUUCUUCAGCUGUCUCCUCCCCAUCAGUUUCUUUUGGUACGGCUGGACAGCGGAUAAAGACGUUCAAUGGAUGGCCCCUAUCGUCGGCAUGGUUCCCUUUGGUGUGGGAAUGAUGGGUGUCUUCAUGCCCAUCCAGACAUACGUCAUCGAUUGCUAUCCAUCCUACGCAGCAUCUGGUGUUGCAACCUUGACAGCGGUGCGAUCGCUGGUUGGUGCGUUGCUCCCUCUGGCUGGACCAAAGAUGUUUUCAACAUUGGGAUUGGGAUGGGGAAAUUCCUUGCUGGGUUUUCUGGCGCUGGCGUUCGUACCUGUUCCGAUCCUUUUCAAUCGUUAUGGAAAGUCGAUUCGGGAGCGGUCCACUGUCAAUCUUGAUUAA